AUGAGUUCCGUGUAGAACUGGAAUUCAUAGUUUCGUACUCUGGCUUUCCUCGUGCCUUCGCUCUUCUUUAUAACUGCUAUUCGGUGCUUAUUCACACAGCACUCUGUCCAAAAUUCAUCCCAAUUCACCUCCCCUUUCAAAUCCCCAAAAAAGAAAAAAAAACAAGUGAGUUUUCUCCAAUUGCAGAAUUUGGUACAAGGGUUUGUUCUCCAGUUGAAUAGUCUCUGCGAAUUUUGAUUGAUUCACGCUUCAAUCGGUAAGACGCCUUAAAUCUGGAGAAUGGCCCUGACUGGAAAGAAAAGGAAAAGGCGACUCGAGCAGCUCCCUGGUACUGGAAAAAAGAGUGGCUGGAACUGGAUUGAUGUACAGCAGUCGGAAUUUGAAACAGCAGCAGUGACCCUCUUUGUAAAUUUUCCUAUACUUGAACUCCCUGUCAACCUAAUUUAUGAUAUACUUUCCAGACUUCCAUUGAAGAGCAUAUGCUGUUGUAGACUAGUGUGCAAAGCAUUCCUUGACCUCCUCGCACAACCUUAUUUUGCCCAACUGCACCUAGCAAAGACUUCUCUCACCACAGUUAGCUUGGCUCUUCAGAAGAAUAUAUUCCAGCAGGGGCUUCUUUGCUUCCAUUUGCUCGACAUUGAUGAGGUCUCCAAAGGUGCCCCUUGUAGCACGGCCUGUCAUCAUGACAUUUGUCGUGCUCGCAGUCCAUCCCAUCCCUGUCGUUCGUUAACCACGCAGAAUGCUGAUUUCUACUUUUCUGCAAGGGAAGCUGUUAUAGUUGGAUCAUGUAAUGGGCUGCUCUGUCUAUAUUAUGCGUUACAAAACGCUUAUGUCAUUUUAAAUCCUAUUCUGGGCGAAUAUGUGGUUUCCGGUUGUCUGCCUUCAUCAACACCGGCCUAUACAUACAUGAACCAUUCCGGAUUUGGCUUCUGCCCAGGCACUAGGCAGUAUAAGAUUGUUCGAUUCAUGUGUGUAACAUAUGUUGUUGGUUCCUUAGUAUUCACACCUGAAACAGAAGUAAUGGUAGAGAUACAUACACUGGGCUCGACGUCCUGGAGAAAGAUAUACAAUGUUCCUUGUCCCAAGAUUCAGGGAUCAUUUGAUCCUCUUCUAAAUGGCUGUUUUCAUUGGAUUACUACUAGUUGCAAUCCUUCUGACUUAAUUUGUUCACUGGAUUUGGAGAAAGAAUGCUUCAAGCAUCUUCCAACACCGCGUCACUUUAGUCAAUCGUAUGUCAACAAAAUCUCCUGGAUUACGGUAGGCAUACUAGGAGGAUGUCUCUGUCUUUGCUAUGUUUACGAGGAUAAUCUUUUCGAGGCUUGGGUAAUGAAAGAUUAUGGUGUGAAGGAAUCAUGGACGAAAGAUUUCAGCAUCACCAUAAACUUCUAUUCUGGCUUGCGCUUGGAACAUUUGAACCGCCCCAUCAAAUUCCUGAGCAACGGGGAUCUGUGGCUUGUCUCCGACAAUUCUGUAGUUUCAUACAGUCCUCGAGCAGGAACUUUCAAAGAUUUUAAGGUCCUGGAGCCCUGGGUCACCGAAGUUGUUGUCCACAUUCCGAGUUUCAUAUCCCUCAAGCAUGCAUUACAGGGCAAUAAUUUGGAGGUGAAAUAUCUGGGAAGGGCGAGGCCGGCAAAGAUAUCAGUGAUGUGAUGUCCUUCAUCCCCCGGUUCGGUUGAAGAAUUAAAUCAAUACUCAGAAUAUCUCCAUGACAAUAUGCUCAAAGUCGUCACUAUCAGUGGUCUAAUGCUUGCUACCGUUUCUUAUUAGGAUCGAUCAACGGGUCAUCAAAGGUAGAUUGGCAUCUUGGCAAAAUGUAUGUAAUAUAGCCAAUAGAAGAGGGUGGUGAAUUUGGAGUUCUUUAUAGAUUAGAUUAGAUUAGAUUUGAUUUGAUAAUUAAUUAUUGAGAAAUUUUAUUUUAUGACAGCGAUGAUGAGAUCUUAAGUAAUUUAUCUUGGUUUUGUGACUUUAAAGCUAAAGAAA